CACGUAUGGCUUGCAUUCGUUGCACACUCCGAGCCCCCCCACAUAUGGCCUGCAUUUGGUUGGAUUCCCCCCACGUAUGGCUUGCAUUAGUUGGAUUCUCCCCCACAUAUGCCUUGCAUUAGUUGGAUUCCCCCCCACAUAUGGCUUGCAUUCAUUGGAUUCCCCCCACAUAUGGCUGCAUUUGCUGGAUUCCCCCCACAUAUGGCCUGCCUGCAUUAGUUGGAUUCCCCCCACAUAUGGCCUGCAUUCGUUGGAUUCCUCAGUAAUAUUUUACUCUACUUGGAGUGCCCCGAAACAUAAAACUGAGAUAUCGAUUUUUGCAUGGAGUUUGGCUUCGCCUAGGAUC